AUGAUGAAGUUCAUCUGGGUCUGUGCUGCAUUGAUGGCCCUGUUUAUUACAGGUGAGUCUCUGACCUGUAACACCUGCAAGGUGGGCUUCAGAGGUAAAUGUCUCUACAGCUCCACUGAGACCUGCAGUGACUCUAAGCCCAACUGCUACAGGGGAGAACUGGCCUUCAACGUCAGCCGUUUUAUGAACAUGCAGACUCAAGGCUGCAUUGCCUCGUCUCUCUGCAACCAAACUGAAUCCGGAGCCCUCUUGACUGCCGAAUACACCGUCACCAGGACCUGCUGCAGCACUGACUUGUGUAACGGAGCCACAUCCAUCCAGCUCCCUCUCACUGCUGCUUUGAGCACCGCCCUAAUGGCCGUUUGGAGCACCUGGAGCCUUUAA